AUGCCCAGACAAAUUCUUAUCGGUUUUGGCGUCGAUGUGGACGCUGUUGCCGGAUGGCUAGGCUCAUAUGGCGGAGAGGAUUCUCCUUUGGACAUAUCUAGAGGAAUGUACUCCGGGGAGGUAGGAGUCCCAAGGUUACUUAAGUUGUUCGACAAGUACUCUAUCAAAACGACAUGGUUCAUUCCUGGUCAUAGCCUCGAAACAUUUCCAAAGGAGAUGGCAGCUGUUCGCGAUGCGGGCCACGAAAUUGGCUUGCACGGUUACUCACAUGAAAAUCCAACUGCGAUGACCUUGGAGCAGCAGAAGGAUAUUUUAGACCGCACCUUCAAGUUGCUCACAGACUUCAACCACGGUGUGCCUCCCAAAGGCAGCGUAGCUCCCUGGUGGGAGACCAGCCAAGAUGGCACCGCACUACUGCUAGAGAAGGGCAUUCAUUACGACCACUCGAACAUGUCCCACGACUGCCAGGCCUACUACUUGCGUGACCAAGACACCUGGACCAAAAUCGACUACAAGGCGCAAGCGCAUACCUGGAUGAAGCCUCUGCAAAAGGGAAACGAGACUGGGAUAGUCGAGAUUCCUGCGAACUGGUACCUAGAUGACCUCCCGCCCAUGAUGUUCAUCAAGUCGAGUCCGAAUUCGCACGGCUGGGUCAACUCAAGAGACGUCGAGCAGCUGUGGAAAGAUAUGUUUUCCUACCUUUACCGAGAAGAGAAAGACUUUAUAUUCCCUAUCACCAUCCAUCCUGACGUCAGCGGACGCCCACACGUUCUCUUGAUGCUGGAACGUUUCAUCGAGUGGAUCAACACACAUGACAACGUGCGCUGGGUAAAGAUGCACGAAAUGGCAGACGAGUUUAGAGCAAGGCAAGAUCCACCGCCUGGUGCAGUGAUGCCAAAGGGUGUGACACGCAGAGUGCGUUCGCGUCUUUGA